UCAUUUGAGUGUGACUCAUAACGUCAUAUGACUCACAUAUUGCUUUCUUCAACGAAACAAUGAAGUAUCUUCAAUUCACUAUUCUCUGUCUUGUCCUCACUAAGCUUGUAAAUGCAAAGGAUGAAUUGUACACCAGUGUCAUAUUGGAUGAAAACACAGGCGAUCUUUCAAUUAAGGAGGAACUACUUGCAGACGCAGUGUCGUGGGGAGUAUUUUCAAACGAAGUGAAUAAAACAGGAUGGUCAAAUCUUGAGAUCCACACGUCCAGCAAAUUUCCCGACGAGAUCCAAUCUGUUGCCGCAGGAAUGGUAGAAGGAUUUUUGACGGCAGAUUUUAUUUUAAUGUCUUGGCAGAGCGGUCUCGCAAGCUUCUGCAAGAACAACAAAAAGACGUGCAAAAAACUGAAAAAGUACCUGCAGGAAAAUUCAGCAUUUGUCACCUCACAAAUCAAAUCAAAACCUAACGAUCCUUACUGGUACCAAGUAAAAUUACUUUACGAACAACUCUAUGGUUUGAAACGUGGUUACGCUGCGACUGAAACUGGAAAGAGAGACCCAUUGACAACUUUUGAUUUCCGACUAAUGCAACUGGGAGGUCUGUACGAUCUAGUAAGCGCCUUCUCGCAAGGAGCAAGAACACAUCACGUGGUCGGUAGCGGUUCCUGUUCUGCUUUGAUCAAACUUCUUCCAAAUAACAGGGACAUCUUCAUCUCUCAGGUCACUUGGAGUGAUUACUCGUCCAUGCUACGAGUGUAUAAACUAUAUGAUUUACAAUUAGUGAACAAUAGUAAUUCAGCUCUUCAUGUUGCUGCACAACAGCACAGUUUUUCUUCUUAUCCUGGAACCCUUUACAGUGGAGAUGACUUCUACAUGCUUAGCAGUGGAUUGAUAACGCAAGAGACAACCAUUGAUAACUACAACAAAGAUCUUUGGCAAUAUGUCAACGGGAACACGGUUAUGGAAUGGGCACGAACAGUUGUAGCCAAUAGGCUGGCAAGAAAUGGUCAAGAAUGGGUAUCGAUAUUUUCAAAACACAAUAGUGGAACCUACAACAAUGAAUGGAUGGUACUGGAUUACAAACUGUUCACACCAGGACAGCCUGUGGUACCAGGAACACUUUGGGUUUUGGAACAAAUGCCAGGGAUAGUGGAGAUGGCUGAUUUGUCAGUGAUCUUAAAGGAAAAUGGAUAUUGGGCAAGCUAUAAUUUACCAUAUUUCAAGACAAUCUUUGACAUAAGCAAAACUAAUACUUUUGUGGCGAAGUAUGGAACUUUUUUCGACUACAAUCUUGCUCCUCGAGCACAGAUAUUUAGACGCGAUCAAGGCAAGGUUGUAGAUUUAGAAAGCAUGAUGAAAAUGAUGAGGUACAAUGAUUUCAAAAACGAUCCUUUGUCGAAGUGUAACUGCACGCCACCCUACAGUGCAGAGAAUGCAAUUUCAGCAAGAAGUGAUCUUAAUCCUGCCUCGGGAGUUUAUCCAAUUGGUUCUCUUGGGCAUAGACGCCACGGUGGAACUGACGCAAAGAUAACAAGUUAUGAAUUGUUCAAGAAUUUUACGGUAUAUGCAGUCAGCGGACCAACAUACGAUCAACAGCCUGUAUUCAAGUGGUCAACUUCAGGAUGGAAGCGACCUCUUGGUCACCCAGACAAAUGGGACUUUGAUCCAGUAAUGAUUACGUGGGGUAAAAGCGAUACAUUGCGCAACUUUCAAAGAAGUCUCCGUGAUACAAAGGAAUAACAGUUACGAUAAUCAAAUAUAAUAUAUAAUAAAUACAAUCAUCACUGGUUUUUAUAAGAAAUAUUAUCUCCACUGCAAUCUGCUAACAUGGCUAGUAUAUAAUAUGCUACUUAAACGCUUUUCAAAAUGCGUUUGAAUGCGAAAUCUCAGGUGCUCUUUUAAAUGUUGUAAAGAGGACAAUACUCAGAUAAUUUUCAUAAUUUAAUAUUGGUUAAAUUCCUGCAGAUUGUGUGUUCCAGCUUCUAUAUACCACCUACUGUUACAUUAAUUAGAACGGUCAGGUUACAUUAUUAAAGUGGCGUCGCUCAUUGCACUCUCUCUA